UGAGCUGGGAGUAUAUGAGCAGGGCAAUUGCAGAGAGUUUUAUUGUUUUGCUUUAUCGGCGGCCAUAAAUGUACUUGUGAAACCAAAGAUAAUCAGCUCAGUAACAGAGCAGAGUUGCAGCAGUUGGCAUUGGCACAACUUGAAAGCAAAAAGAAAAACACCUGGGCAACAAUUAAAGAAAAUUACAAAAAUAAAAAUGAAGAGCGGAACGCGUAAUUUGCUGUUGCUCUCAUCGUCGCGCCUGCAUGGACAUGGCUUUUUGGAGCAUGCACGCGCCCAGCUGGAAGAUCUGUUUCAGGCCAAGAACGUCAAAACGGUGCUGUUUGUGCCGUAUGCCCAACGGGAUCAUGACAAGUACACGGCAACGGUGCGCGAUGCACUGCAGCCCUGGGGCUAUGCUGUCGAGGGUCUGCACACGAAACCGGAUCUGGGGCGGGCGCUGCGCGAGGCACAGGCCAUAUUCGUGGGCGGCGGCAAUACGUUUGUGCUGCUGAAGCAGCUGUACGAUCUGCAGCUGGUGGAGCUGAUACGCGAACUGGUGCUGCAGCAGGGCCUCACCUAUGUGGGCAGCAGUGCCGGCACCAACGUGGCCACGCGCUCCAUACACACCACCAACGAUAUGCCCGUGCUGCAGCCGCCCAGCUUUGAGGCCCUGGCACUGGUGCCAUUCAACAUCAAUCCGCACUACCUGGAAACGGAGGCGAAUAGCCAGCACAAGGGCGAGACGCGCGACGAACGCAUCUCCGAGUUUGUCAGCUACCAUGAGCGGCCCGUGCUCGGGCUGCGCGAGGGCACCAGCGUGCGCGUCCAAGGCGAUCAGGCAACGCUCCUGGGCGAACGCAAUGCGAAGCUCUUCAAGCCAGAUGGCACGGCCGUCGAGUAUGCUCCUCAGUCUGAUCUUAGUUUCCUGCUGCAACCCUGAGACCGAUCUACAUAUACAAAAUACAUUUACUUCAAGGCAUACAAGCAUACGAUAUAUUGUACAACAAUUUAGCAUUGCUCUAUAAAACAACUAUAUAUAUAUA